GGCCCCCGACGCGCUGGGGGUCUCCGGGGAGGGGCCGGCCCCGCCGAGAGGCGCGGCGAUGGAGGAGCCGCAGCGCGCCCGCUCGCAUACCGUCACCACCACUGCCAGCUCCUUCGCCGAGAACUUCUCCACGAGCAGCAGCAGCUUCGCCUACGACCGGGAGUUCCUCCGCACCCUGCCCGGGCUCCUCAUCGUGGCGGAGAUCGUUCUGGGACUGCUGGUAUGGACACUUAUCGCCGGAACCGAGUACUUCCGGGUCCCUGCUUUUGGCUGGGUCAUGUUUGUAGCCGUGUUUUACUGGGUCCUCACCGUCUUCUUCCUCAUCAUCUACAUAACAAUGACCUACACCAGGAUCCCGCAGGUGCCCUGGACAACAGUGGGUCUAUGCUUUAAUGGCAGUGCCUUCGUCUUAUACCUCUCGGCCGCUGUGGUGGAUGCCUCUUCUGUUUCCCCGGAGAGGGACAGCCACAACUUCAACAGCUGGGCAGCCUCAUCGUUCUUCGCCUUUCUGGUCACCAUCUGCUAUGCUGGGAACACAUAUUUCAGUUUUAUAGCUUGGAGAUCCAGGACCAUACAGUGAUUGGCCAUUUUGAGAAUUAAAAGGGAGGGAGAAAACACGAAGAAUCUCCUUGUAAAAACGAAAACAAAAAACCCGACAAACUGUAGGUAUGAUGUAUAUUUCCAGAGAAUUGUAUUUGACUAAUGUUUUUAUAUACCUAGUUAAAUUUGCUGGCGGCAGUUUGUUCUAAUUAAACUGGAUACUUAUCUGCAGCUUGCUGUAGCUUGUAACGAACUCUUCAAUAUCUUGCGGAUGUCUUCACAGACCUUAUUUUCUUAGACAAUGUAUAAAUAGAUAAAUUGCUAAUAUCAAGACUGUGUCAAGUUUAUCAACCUAACUUUUCAAAUGCCAGAGUCUUUUCUGAUUAAAU